AAACAAAGCAACCAACAACGCUUCACUACUAUGUAUUUAGUACAUAGGAAUAUCAUUUAAUUGCAUUAAUAAUUCAAUGUACUAGAAGAUUGUAAUAAAGAUAACACUUCUUGCUAUAGUAUGUAAAACUUGUUAAUUAAAGCGGUAUUACAAUAUUAAAUCAGCAAUAUACAAUGUGUGUCAUAGACUCAUAUAUUCAGCCACUUUUGAACCGUGUAUUAUUUACUGACAAACUUGGAAUAAGUUGUACAACAAUUGAGCUAGAUUCUAUAUCAUCCAGUUGUGGAGAAGAAAGGGGAGAUCGUUUUAAAUUAUCUAUUCCCUAUGCUAGACAAAAUUUAACUUGGAAUGUGUUUUUUGACUCACAAUGUCCUGAAAUGGGCCCUGACUUUAUAUUUAAUGACAGUACUUUCUUAACAGAUAUGGAUGUAGAUACUCUGUCUGCUAAAGUACCUAGUCUUGCUAAAUGGAAUCAUACUGAUGAAAAUGCAUUAUUAAAUGUACUUGUGGAACUUUUAUCAUGUUACAAACAACAUCAGAUACAGUUACUUGAGAAGCAGAUUCGGUUACAGUUUGAAUAUAAUACACUAAUGAGACCACCAGAAGUGAACCCAGAAGAUGUUGAAAUGAUAUUGUUACCAUUUAAUUCUAAACCAACAGAGGCUAGAUUUUUAAUAAGAUUAUCUGUUGAUGUUUCACAGUUGCCCAAUCGUACUUGCAAGUCAAAAAAUGAUACAGCAAUGCUCCUUGUAACAUUUUCUGGAGCAGAUUGGGAUCGUAUUACACCACAACUUCAUUUUUCAAAAUCUUUAAAAGAAAUUCUUGGUGGGACAGGUGGAUUACAUUUACCUCACUUUCCACCACGUCAAAUUCUUAUCAAUUAUGUGUUAGAUAUAAAGAAAUACAUAGCAGAAAGAGUGAAUUCCAUUGUCCAAAGCUUUGAAAAAAGAAGAGACUAUUUAGCAACAUUUAUAGCUUUAAAACGCGAAUCUUGUAUAGAAUAUGAUACUCUAAACUAUACUUAUAUAUCAAGUUUAGUAAAUCUAGACAAUUUUCAUUUUGUGCUAUACAUACAAAUUCCAUCAGGAUUUCCUCUGGAACAACCUAUAGUUCAGUUUAUAUCAGUAUAUCAUAUUAUAUCUCGAAAUGUUCCUUAUACUGAAGUAGUAGAAAACUGUCAUUAUAAUCCCAAAUGGACACCGUGCCGUAUGAUUGAAGAAUUAUAUGCAUUCAUUCUAAGAAAAGCUGGGAUACUUUUUAAAUUAAAUUCUAUUAAGAGUUGUUCUUAAUCUAUU